AUGGCCAUCAAGGCUGUUAAUGAAAAUAGGAUGGGUUGGCUCUUAGCAUCCAAACAUUUUAAUGUGCCUCAAGCAACUCUUCGUCGUUAUUUCUAUAGUGUUCCAGUAAAUCUUGGUCGUUUUAAACCAACUUUUAAUGCAGAUAUGGAAAAAGCAUUAGUGGAUCACAUGCUCGAGUUCGAAAGUCGAUUAUUCGGAUUUAAUACAACCGAAAUAAGAAAAUUAGCUUUUGAAUUUGCUGAAAGAUUAGGGUUGGAUCACAGAUUUGAUAAGACUGAAAAAAUAGCUGGCUGGGAUUGGUUAAAGGGUUUCAGAGAACGUAAUCCUCAAAUCUCACUCAGAGCUCCAGAGCCGACGUCUGCAGCGAGGGCAAAGGCCUUCAAUAAACCUCAGACCCAGCAAAAUCAGGAUGAAUUAAAUUACUCAAAACCAACUGACGCAGAAGAACAAUUACUGGCAUAUGUAGAAACUGGUAACUCCCAGGACCAUAUAAAUUUUGACACUGAUGCUACUUUAAGAGAAGUAGAAACUCGUCACUGGUCUCCUACAAUUUUGUCACCAAAUGUUGUUACGCAUUUGCUUCUACGUGACACCGCUGCUUCGAACAAAGACGCUAUUCCUCAAGAAGCUAAAAAUAUUCCACUAUCUCUUAAACAGUUGUCAGAAAAUGUUGUUAUGAAUUUAUUACAAGAUCAAGAUGUUAAUUUUUUGCCUCUCCAGCCAAUGCUGCUAGAUUUUGAUCCUAAGAAUGCCAAAGAAGAGAUAGAACAGAUGAAUGUCAUUGCUCCAAAGAAUAGCUAUCAAGAGCAGAUAGACGACGAUGUAGCUGUUCCAGAAACUCUAUGUGAAAAUGAUAUAGCAUCAUCCUUGGAUACCAAUCAAAUAGCUGAACAUUUACUUUUGCAACCAGAAUUAAUUUCAAUAAGUAAUGAUUUUGCUAAAAAUUCUAUACUGAAAGAAAUUUCACUACUACCAAAAGCUACUUCUACGGGAAAGUUAAGAGUAAACAGAAAAGUCGGUGGAUCGCAAGUUUUCACGUCCAGUCCUUUUAUGAAUGAAAUAAAAGCAGCAGCACAACAGAAAAAAGAAAACGAAAAUCGUGCAUCCCUUAAAAAACAAAAGCAAACCAAGCGUAACAUUUUUAAUGAUAGUGUAGAGUCUAAACCUGCAGUUAAAAAUCUAAAGUCAAUAGAGGUGCAAAGAAUACGAAGCCUAUCAUUUUGGACGAUGACAAGAAUCUCGAGAAAAGAAUGA